AUGGCUGUUGUGAAUGGCAACUACAUUCCUGGUCGACUGGAUGGAAGGGUCGCGGUUGUAACAGGAUCUGGGCGUGGUAUCGGCGCAGCUAUUGCUGUCCAUCUUGGCCGGCUAGGAGCCAAUAUCGUGGUGAACUACGCCAACUCGGCUUUGGACGCUCAGAAAGUCGUCGAUCAGAUCAAAGGAGCCGGCUCUGAAGCUAUCGCGAUCAAGGCCGACAUUCGAGAUGUCUCACAAAUCAUGCGACUAUUCGACGAGGCAGUCGCCCAUUUCGGCCAUGUCGAUAUUGCUGUAAGCAACUCCGGGGUUGUCAGCUUCGGUCAUCUCAAGGAUGUCACGGAAGAGGAAUUCGAUCGAGUCUUUAGCCUGAAUACUCGGGGUCAAUUUUUUGUUGCUAGAGAAGCAUAUCGACACCUGUCCGAGGGAGGCAGGAUCAUUAUGACCUCGUCGAAUACUUCCAAGGACUUCAGUGUUCCUCGACACUCGCUCUAUUCUGGAUCGAAAGGCGCCGUCGACUCCUUCGUUCGCAUCUUCUCCAAGGAUUGCGGUGAUAAGAAGAUCACUGUCAAUGGCGUCGCACCAGGAGGCACCGUGACAGAUAUGUUUCAUGAUGUCUCCCACCACUACAUCCCGGAUGGCGAGAAGUACACAGCCGAGCAGCGACAGCAGAUGGCAGCUUUUGCAUCGCCGCUUCAUCGCAAUGGCUUCCCGGAGGAUAUCGCUAAUGUUGUUGGAUUCCUUGCGAGCAAAGAAGGAGAGUGGAUCAAUGGCAAGGUCAUAAAUUUGGAUGGCGGUGCUGCGUAA